GAAAAGGUUCUAAUACCCCGCAUCUCAGAUAGCGAGACGAACGCCAUACCCCAACACACUUCUCCAACCCAUUGGCGCCUAAACCCGACACCUCUGCCUCAGCGUGGAAAUGCGCCGCUUCUUUCGCCGUCACCUCAAGGGGUCAGGAGAUAAUAAUGUCCUGAGUCAAGCACCAACACCAGCGUCGCCAAUAUCGGCACAAACCGCAAGUACACCCGGAAGUCAUGUCUGCACUCCCCUGUGCGAGGGUAUCGCAAGCCUCCCGCCACAGUACCAUGAGUCGAUAUUAUCACAACUGAGCCAGUCCUUGGGCGUGGCACCAGACAAACUGACGGUAGAGAAUAUCUCCAUGACCAACGCCCGUGUCGUGCCCAGCGAGACGCGCGACGUGGUGUCGGAGCUGCACGAGAGGAGAGACAUCGAAGGCAACACAGAAAUGGCGCGCAUGCCCCUGGCUCUACCAACAUCAUACCAAUACCCGCCACUACCAAAGGGGCAUGCACGCUUUCUCCGUUUGGGUGGCUUAGGCUCCCACCCCCUGGCAUACCUGGAGUCGCAUCCGCUAUCAAAGCCGCCGCGAUACAUCGCAAUCUCCUACUGCUGGGACCCGACCAGCGCUAGACGGGGCAUGUUCCUUGACAUGAAGAGCUUCAGCAUCUCGGAGACGGUCCUCGAGGUCCUAAACCAGGUGCAGGCGUCGCAGCAUGCCACAGGCUCGCACGACCUGCUGUGGAUCGACCAGAUAUGCAUCAACCAGGACGAUCAGAACGAGAAGCUGGAUCAGAUGUACCGUAUGGGCGAGAUCUACUCCAAGGCGAGCAAGGUGUUCAUCUGGCUCGGUCCGACAGCCAACCAAAGUGACGCUGCGUUAAAGAACAUGGAGCGAAUGCUGGGUGAGGUAGUCACCCUGAAUCAGGCUACCGCUACCAGAGCGGAUUUGCCAGAGGACACUGCCGCAACAAUCAACGAGGACCAUGGGCAGUAUUACGGGCACCUGUUUAUGAGGCCAUGGUUCCGUCGCCUGUGGACCGUUCAGGAGGCGCUGCUCGCGCGCAAGCUGGUUGUCAUGUGCGGUUACCAGGAGGUCGACUUCGAGCUGCUGGUCGAGCUUGCGUCCCAAGUCUUGACGUACGGCUCCUUGGACUUGAUCCGGUUCGAGGGUGCUUCCGAGGAGGAUAUGAACAAUGCCAUCAUUGGCAUCGUCAACCUGAACGCGCUGCGGUUGGGAGAUGCCUCGAUCGAGCAGAUGCUUGAAGGGCUUGACAUCAGGAGAUUCCGAGGACUGGUCGCAGAGUCUCGCUCCCGGCAAGUCACCAUGGCCCCCGACCGAGUGCACGCCAUUAUGGGCGUUGCGCCGCACCAAGUCCGCGAAUAUAUGGCCAGCCUCCAGACCGUGCAGCCAAACCAAACCAUGUGGCAGCUCUACGCCCAGUUCGCCAAAUGCAUGCUAGAGAACGACCCCGAGUGGUACUUCCUCUCCUCGGCCCCCUCACGCGACAAACCCAUCGACCUGCCCUCCUGGGCACCCAAUUUCAACUCCAAGCCCCCCUUCGCGUCCGAAUUCACCCCCUCCUGCGGCUUCUCGGCCGGCAUCUCGCCGCACACCAGCCACCUCACCAACCGCACCAUCACCGCCACCGAGCUCACCGCCCAAGGGUUCCGCCUCGACACGGUCAGCGAGAUCAUCCCGCAGACGGCCUUCCGCGAGGACAACCAGAACAUGAAGCACCACGACGUCUACGGCGACGCGGCGCGCGAGUGGGAACAGGGUUGCAUGCGGCUGUGCCAGAAGGUGCACGCGCUCGGCCCGGACCAGUUCCCGCGCUUCCACGUCGACAUCCUGCUCGCGCAGUCGGCUGUGGAGCCGGCUAUGGAGGGCGGUCGGGCGCUGGAUGCGUACCAUAUCUUUUGGAUGGGCUGUCGGCUGCGGGAUGAGGCGAUUCGCCAGAUAAGGGAGGAGGGGUUCCCGCUGCCGGAUCAUGUGAGGGGUUGGCCGGAUGCGGUGGAGAGGUUUGCGGAUAGUGCGGUGAGGGCGUGGCGGAAGAAGUUGCCGUUGGAGGAGUAUGGCAUGUUGUUGCAGUUUACGGGCACGAUGAAGGCGAUGUGUUCUGGGCGGCCGUACCUCAGCACGAGUACGGGGAUGCUGGGGCUGGGGUGUCCGGGGGUGGAGGUGGGGGAUGUGAUUUGCAUCUUGUACGGGACGACGGUGCCGUAUGUGCUGCGCCCGAGGCCGGACGGCGCCAUGACGUUCGUGGGGGAUGCGUACAUUCAUAAUGCCAUGGAUGGGGAGGCCAUUACGUGCGCGGAAAGGGGUCGGGAUGAGAUUAUUCGGAUUCGGUAAGCCGGGUGGUUCGGCUUGUGAUACCUAACGGGGUGUUACAUCUCCAAUGGGAUGCCAGUGAUUGUGGUAUGGUGUUGUUUGGAGCGUUAUUCGGCUGGGUUUGUCUGUUGUCAGAUCUUCGUUUGCCCGAUAAAGUCAUCGUACCUAGAAUAGAGUAUCGAAUUAAAGUUGUGCGCUUCUGAGAAGGAUGAACGGCGUGUCUCAC